GGGAGUCGCGGGCGAUUUCGGGUCAAGGAUUUCACCUCCUUGAUCAGGAAAGUGCUCCUUGAUGCAAUCGGUCACUACCGCACCCGGGUCUCGACUGAAUAUGCAUAUCCAGUCAAUGCAGAAGAUGAACAGUGGGCCGUCGAAGCUUGGGCACGCGCUUGUCGUGACGCCGGCGUUGAUAUACCAAUUGAAGAUGCAUUCGUCCGAAUGAUAACUGCUCGAGCCUCGCAUGUGCGUGGCGAGUUGAAAACAAAAGCUCGCGGUCUCGUCGAACUUGCGUACGGCUUACAGGUGCCGUCUAGUCAGGAUGAACGGCUGAAGAACCGUAACAAGGUACGCGACUUGCUCACGCGGCUUGCGUUUACAUAUGCGGAUUAUGAACGCCGAUCGGGUAUCUACGAGAACGAGAUCAUCCAGCGUCUGAUCAAUGUUACCUGGUUUGCAAAUCCCAAGGAUGAGGGCAUCCAAUACCAGCGCUACUUCGGGAAGUGUAUGCCGAUCCCCACGAUUGCCUUAGUCCUUACAGUGAUAGAGAAUGUCCUAGAUGAAUGGCGGACAGGCGAGCGGGAAGAUAUCCAGUUCACUGCCAAGCUCUACCAGGCCAAGUAUGACCGGCACUUGUACGAGUUGGAGCGGUUCCACGACAAGAUGAAAAGGUAUAGAAUCAUUCCUUCAAUUCAAACUGACCUCUUGAAUCAGGCACGG